UCGUAGGCUUGCUUUCCGGCAGUGAGCGCUAAGCCCUGACUAUAUCCGACAGGGUAGCGUAAGCGGGCGGUGGUCUCGUGUUGCCCAUGGGCUGCAGAUGAUCAAAGUUUCUAGUGCCCCUACAGGAAUGAGCGUCUUUGAUCUUUUCCGAGGCUUUUUCGGCUUUCCUGGACCUCGGAGCUUCCUUUCCCGCUCCCUUCAAGUCCUGCUGAGAGGUCAAAGAUCGCAUUCUUGAGUACUCACCCCGCCACAGCAAUCAAAGCAGUGCUUAAGAGGACAGAAACGGCACCUUUCUCCAGACUGGGGUGAUGCAACAGGGACCUGGGCGGAGAAGACAAUGGGCCACAGAGAUCCUUUUUUUGGAGGGAUGACUCGAGAUGACGACGAUGAUGAUGACGACGAAGAGGAGGAAGACAGGGGCGCGUGGGGUCGAGAGAGCUAUUCGUUUGAUGGUUCUCAGCCUCCAGAGGAAUUCGGUUUCAGCUUCAGCCCCAGAGGAGGGAUGCGAUUCCACGGCAACUUUGGCUUUGAUGAUCUAGUACGAGAUUUUAAUAGCAUCUUCAGCGAGAUGGGGGCCUGGACCUUGCCGUCCCACUCUCCUGAACUUCCAGGUCCUGAGUCAGAAACACCUGGUGAGAGACUGCGGGAGGGGCAGACACUACGAGACUCAAUGCUCAAGUACCCAGAUAGUCACCAGCCCAGGAUCUUUGAGGGGGUCUUGGAGAGUCAUACAAAACCUGAAUCCCCCAAACCAGCUCCAGAUUGGGGGUCCCAGGGACCUUUUCAUAGGUUGGAUGAUACAUGGCCUGUGAGUCCCCAUUCUAGAGCCAAAGAAGAUAAAGAUCUUGACUCCCAGGUUUCCCAGGAAGGUUUGGGUCCACUUCUUCAACCCCAGCCCAAAUCGUAUUUCAAAAGCAUCUCUGUGACCAAGAUCACUAAGCCAGAUGGGACAGUGGAGGAACACCGCACUGUGGUAGACAGUGAGGGCCGGAGAGAGACCACAGUGACCCAUCAAGAAGCCCAUGACAGUUCCAGAAGUGAUCCAGCCUCUCAGACAUCCCCAGCUCUGGAUGAUCCCUUUUCCAUCCUGGAUUUGCUCCUAGGACGCUGGUUUCGGUCCCGAUAGCUUCCUUAAACUUCAGAAGCCUUCAGGUCUUUCCCACUCCCUUCCUGUUGCCCAUUGUCUGUCAUCCUGGGGUCUUAAAUAUGUGAAACAAUUGAGCUUAUGCCAGUCUGUCAUUCAUCCAAACUGACCAAUAAAGCCUUUAUUUAUGCUAAA